CAAAAACACAUUAAACAACUCAAAAAUGAAGUAUAUAAAAAAAAAAACAUAAAGUAAUUUUUUUUUUAAAAUUAAAUCAGGGAAUCAUGGUUGUGUUCGGGUUAGAAUGAUGAUUAAUUAACCCCUUCCUUGAUCAACACCAACGUCCACAUGCUCCAGCACACACACACACACACACACACACACACACCACAUCUUCCUUGAUCAACACCAACGUCCACAUGCUCCAGGCCACAGACGGUAAACCCCGCCCUCCGCUUGUUUCUGACGGCCAAUCAGCGAAGACAAACGGAUAUUCUGAGUUUGGAAUCCAGCGUUGGUGUCAACGUGCUAUAGUCUUCAGCGCGUGAAUGUGUGCGAUCGGGUCCUCCUGGCGCGCGGAGGAUGCAGACCGAUAACAUGGAGGUACCCGCGCUUAAUCACAUCAACACGAACAGCAUCAAACAGAAGCUCGGGGCCAACGGCAAAGACGGGUUCAGGAAUCAACGAAAGGACUCGGAGGGCUCCAUGGAGUCCCCGAAUCUGGAGUUUGAGUAUGGAGACGCAGACAGCGCUACCGCAGAGCUAUCAGAGCUUUACAGUUACACAGAAGAACCUGAGUUCAAUCUCAACAGGGAGUACUUUGAGGAGGACUUCAGGAGAUAUGUGAAAGAGCGGAAGUGGGCGGAGCUAAAGUGGGAGGAGCAGAAGGCCCAUGUGAUGCGUCUGCUGGACGCUCUGGAAGUGACUAACCGUGAGAAGAGACUCAAGAUAGCUAGAGCUAUCCUUUAUCUGGCACAAGGGGUGUUUGGGGAGUGUUGCUGUGAGGAGGAGGUGCUCUACUGGUCGAGGUCGAACGUCUUCCUGCUGUAUGAGAUGGGAAUCUUUACCGCCCUACUGGAGCUCCUCACCAUGGAGAUAGAAAACAGUCAGGCAUGCAGCAGUGCUGUGAGGAAGCCCGCCGUAUCUCUGGCAGACAGCACAGAACUCAGGGUGCUCCUCAGUAUAAUGUAUCUGAUGGUUGAAGUGAUGCGGCAGGAAGUGGACGAGGACAGACCAGAAUGGAAGAGUACAAGACAGGCUUUUAAAACUGAGCUGGGUGGUCCCCUGUAUAAUGGCGAGCCGUUUGCGCUCCUGCUCUUCACGAUGGUCACUAAGUUCUGCAGCAUGAACGCUCCACACUUCCCCAUGAAGAAGGUCCUGCUGCUGCUGUGGAAGACUGCCCUGUUUACUCUAGGGGGCUUUGAGGACCUCCAGCACAUAAAGGUGUGUGCCCGUGGGCGCUGGGCGCUGCCCCCCCUCCCUGAGGACCCUCUGCAGGUGGUGAGAGUGAUGAGGGCCGCCUCCCCCCCUGCCUCCGCCAUGGAGCUCAUCGAGCAGCAGCAGAAGAGGGGACGCCGCAGCCGCCGGAGUGCCUAUGUUGAUAGUUUGGAAGGAGACAAGAAACAGCCUCUGAUGAAGCAGGACAGCUUGGACACGUAUAACGAGAGGGAUCCCUUUAAGAACGACGACACGCGAGACGAGGAUGAGGAGGCCGAAGAUGCUGAGGGACCACUGGAGGCGGAGCUCGACCCCCUGGACCGUGAUGUCAUAAUCCAGCCCCCGCCCAUGCCCCCGCCUCUGCGCCCCCCCUCCGAAAGAGUGUCCUUCCCCAGGGGUCUGCCGUGGGCCCCCAAAGUCAGGGAGAGGGACAUUGAGCACUUCCUGGAGAUGAGCAGGAACAAGUUCAUCGGCUUCACACUGGGAAGUGACACAGAGACACUGGUAGGACUCCCCAGGCCCAUCCAUGAGAGUGUGAAGACCCUGAAACAGCAUAAGUAUGUAUCAAUGGCAGAAGUCCAGAUCAAGAGGGAGGAGGAGCUUCAGCAGUGCCCUAUGACCCUGGGUGAAGAGGAUGUGGAGGAGACUCCAGCUGAGAUCCUUUAUCAGGGAAUGUUGCCCAACCUCUCUCAGUAUGUGGUGAGUAUACACACACACACACACACACACACACACACACACCAACCUCUCUCAGUAUGUGACAUAGACGCUCGGCCGUGGGACUUCCAGGCGGAGGAGUGUGCCCUGCGUGAGAGCAUUGAGCGGUUCAACACACGGCGCUACGACCGCAGCCAGCCCAGCGCCUUCACCCCGGUGGACAACUGCCUGCAGAGCGUCCUCGGCCACCAGGUGGCGCUGCCCCAGGACUUCCCCUUCAGCUACGAGCUCUGGCUGCAGAGGGAGGUCUUCUCACAGCCCAUACACUGGGAGGGCCUUCUGCAGGCCCACUGA